AUGAAUUAAUAGUAUUUAAGGAAGAAAUUAAAGAUCAGAACAACUACUGAUACUCCCCUUGUUCCGAAAAUAAUGUCAACAAAAAACGAGCAAUCGCAAUUCAUUGAAACUAAUCGAAAACGCUAUAUAAAAGCAUUUAGUCCAUAGCGCUUUUAAUUGCCGCAAAUAGUUUAACCUUAAUUGACUUAAUUGAGUCAGAUAACGCCACUUCGUUAGAGAGGGAAAUCUGAAAGUUUUAGAGAAUAUUCAAUAGGAUUCUUGGGACCGAAUGAUUUUGUGCGGUUGUUGUAGAUGGAUUAAAAUUUGGGAUAGGAAUUUUGUUAUUUAAACAAUUAUGGCAAUCCUUAUGAAUGGAAGGUUGUCAAUUAUGAUGAUAGAAACUUAGAAUAUUAUAUGACCAUAAGUGGAAGAGGAAUCAUAAUACAUCACAGCAAUUUUGAAGAGUUUGUGUCCAUUAAGCAAUUUGAAAAAGAUCGGAAAUUGUUUUACAGAUUGCAAAAGAUAGAGUUCUUUCGAAAUUAUCUGCAACAAAAGACAUUCACUAGGUGGAAGAAGUUAAGUAUUAAGAAUAAAGCUCAAUCAAUUUCUAAGGAACUGACUACUUGUUACUUACUCUUGGAUCCCUCCCUCAAGAGACCCAUUGAAGAAAUUCACAAAUACACUUAAAGAAUAAAGAGUUUAGUGUUUUUUGCGCCAACUCAAAUGAGCCCUGUGAAUCAGGUGAAGUUCAUUCAAAAAUUGUAAAGGUCUCUAAAUGAGUUCUAAAAAGAACUUGCUAAAAACAUCAACUUGAUAUUGAAAAUAGUUGUGGAUGCAUGUCAAUAUUCAUUUAGUAUUUUUAAGGAAGACUAAGGUUACAGGUAGAAUUUGGAGCUGAUACGGAAUUCUCAAAUGGAACAAAAGCCUCUUAUAAUUGGUGUAUUAAUGCUCUUCUUAUAAAUAGGAUAAUUCUACACAGUCAAUGCAAUUCACAAUGGAAUCAAAUCUGAGGUAAUUUCAGUAGAAGUUAAUCAAAUUCACGAGGAUGAUCGAUUACAUUCAACUUGAGAGCAUGAUAAUAUUGAUGUACAAUUCUAUUGUUAAUUUCUUAAAGGUAAUUAAGAAUGCCAAUAAGCAUCUCAAAGUUGGGUAAUUAAUACUCUUAUUCAAUAGAACAACAUAGUUUAGUUGGAUAGUGGUAGAGAUCCAUUUGUAGGAGGGAGCCAUAGUGUUUGAGCCUUCGUUGAGAGGUAUGUAGGAUAUAUUCAUUUAAACAAUCGAAAAGGCUAUAGACAUAAUUGAACAGAGCAUUUCAUCGACGAGGAAGCAAUAGGAAUUACAGACUUACGGAGUGGGUUCGAGCUCAACAGAUCUGAGAUAAGAUUUGAGGGAGUAUGGACGGAUCAAUUUGAAAUCUUAUGAUUAUAUUUAGGAAUUGGGAGAGGAGUUGCAAUUUAGUUAUAAGCAGAUUGAGCACUAUAUGUUGAAGAUUUAGGUGUUGUUGGAUGAAUUUGCAAAGAGUGAGGAUCAGUUGUUGAAUGCAGAAGUGUUGAAGCAGCAAUUCUAAUUAAUUUCAGAAAUGCAAUCUGAGAUAGAGGUAAUAGAGAAUAUUGUGGACAUCGGGUUUUUGAGAUUGAACAUCCAGCUGUUUAAAUUGCAGACGCAGACCUUCUUUAAGAAUAAGAUUUAAGUGAUCAAUCAGAAGGUGGAUUUGGAACUUAGAGGGAAGUGUAAGAUUAUCUAGGAGACAAUUCAAGAUUGGUUGGAGAAGUUGAAAUUGAAACCAGUGACUCUGAAACAAUAUGUGAUACAUCAGGAGAAUUACUUGUUGAUUAAAUCUCAUUACGAAGCCAUUGAUUAAUAAAUAGAAGAGUUGCAUGUUUAUAACAGAAUUUAUAAUAACGAGGAGCAGACGAUUCCCAUUAAGGAUAUUUGGGACAAGAUAGUUAGUCAAUAUUAAUUAUUCUAAUAUAAGUUUUACGAUUUACAAAAUCAAUAUGGGUUGGUGUAGGAUAAGUUCGAGAAGGAGUUCAGAAGGUUGACUCCUUUUUUCCAUCAGAAAGUGUUAUAGUUUUGUGAGUAAUUCGAGAAUAACAAGGACAUUGAUGAUAUCAACUCAAUUUCACAAUUGCAAGGCUAAUUGAUUACUUUGGAAUUAGAAUACGAGGAUUUGAAGUAGUAUUCAUAUUCAUUGCAAAUCGAGCAAUAUCAUAAUGAAUAGUUGCACGAGAUUAAGAAUAAAUAUGUCUAAUUUAAGUAAUUGUAAAUAGAAAUUCAUAAGAUCAAGAACUUUCAGUAGGAAUGGAUGAGAGAACACUUUUUGGAUUUGAAUUUGUCUAUCAUAAAGACGACAUAUUAGAAUCUGUUGCAUUAGAUUGAGGAUUGCAAGAUAUUUGGGUAGGGUUAAUUAGUAAAGAUCAAGACCUAAUUGAUGAAUGAAUUGAAACUCUAUAAUGUGAUCGAGAUCAUAUUGCAAAUUAAAGAUUAUGAUCAGAAUAUCGUAGCUUAAGUAUGCAAGAAGGACAAGUAAUAGGAUAAGAACUUGUUAUAAUUGAUAUUGUAAAUUUGUAACAAUCCCUAGCAUCCAGUAUUCACAACAUAAUAUUUAUAUCAGUCAGACAUCAAUGAACAACAAGAUAAUUUGUAGUAACUAUUGAUCAUCAUUUAAUAUGAGAAUCAAACAAUGAACUCGCUUCUUAAAUUAGAGGAGUUCUGGAAGAAUCACAAGUUGCUCAUUCAGAAGAUUAAAGGAACAAAGGAUCAAUACUCCAUCAUUAAUUUAACUUAAUUGAACGAAUAAUUGGAUGAGAACAUUUUGAUCAUCAAUAACAUCCUGGGUCAACCGAAUAUCGAUGAUCUAAGGAAUAGAAUUGAUUUGCAAUUGAAGAACAUUGUGUAUUUGUAAGAGUAUAUCAAUUAGUUGACUCUCUUGUAAGAUACACAAUACUAUUUAACCAAUGUGUUAUCAACUCAGAUUAAUCAGAAGAAUCAGAGUAAGGAGAUGAAGAUGUAUUAGCAUUAGGAAAAAUAGUGGAAACAAUUGAUAAGAUUCAUCUAGUAAUAGAAGAGUUUGGAAGUCUGGAUUAAGGAUGAGAGUGAGAAGAAGUUCUUGAAACAGAUUCAACAAGACAAUUAGAAUUGUAAGAGUAUCAUUCAAUAAUUGAAUGAACAAUUUGAUAAGAAGAAGUACUUGUUUCCAAGAUUCAAUUUCCUUACCAAUUCACAAUUCAACAAGGUUGUUUCUGAAGUCAAACACCCUGCAGCCAUGUAACAAUAUCUAAGUCUCUUUUUCCAAAAUAUUCAUUAAUUUGAUUAUGACCAGAAUAAGGAGGCUGUCACAUCUCUCUAUUCUAAGGAGAAUGAUUAAAUAGCAGUUAAGUACUGUCCAAUGAAGGGGGAGAUUGAGGAUUGGUUCAAAACUGUGGAGGAAGGCAUGAAGUAAGGAUUGAGACAAAUAAUCAAGAAUGCAUUAAAGCAUGCUGACAACUAUCAACAGAUCGUUUAAUAUCCCAUUUAGAUCAUCUAUAUCUGCAUGACUAUCACUUAUACAAUGAUGUUGGAUGAUAUACUGUAAAAUGAUGAGAAGGAUUGGAAUGAAUUAGCAGAGUUCAAGUAAUAUGAGAUAUAUGAGCAGAUCAAACUAUUGCAUUCAGAGAAAUAGUCGGUUAAACAAUAAUUGCGAUAGAUUGCAAUCAUUAUGAUAAUGAAUAAUCAAAAACAUCUAAUAUAGGAGCUAAAUCAAUUUAAAAUCAAUAGUGAUAAAGAUUACUUCUAUCUGAAAUAGAUGAAAUAUUACUAUGAUGACGAAAACAUAAUUGUGAAUUUCUUGAACAACAAAAUUUAAUACCAAUUUGAGUUUUUUGGGGAUGAAUUCAAUUAUCAUUCGUGGAAGUAGUCUGAAUAGACCAUUUUGCUUAUGAAUCAAGCCUUCUAGAUCAAUCGAUUACCCCAUUUGAUUGGCCAUUAUAGUAAGUAUUACAUCAUCACUCAAUAUUCACAAAUGCUGGGACGAUAUUACAAGUAGGUGUAGAUUACAAGUGGGGAUUAUGACUUCUCCUAUUUAUUGCAAUGCAUAUAUGGGUCAAUACAAUCCAAUUCAUUGUUCAUCAUCACGGGAUACUAAUAUCUUCUAUAAGAUGAUAGGUUGAUCCUGCAAACUAUAUUCAAUUAAAUUUGCAGUGCUUUAUGGUAAUAACUUUAGAUAUUGGAUUAGGAAGGGAGACAAGUGAAAUUAUAAAACAAGCAUUUUCUCACUUUGAUAUCUGAUGUCCAUCAUCCCAUCCUAUCUUUUAAGAACAUUCAUGUCUACCAGCCUGAUACCAUGAUUUUGUGGUAGGCACUCAUUCAAAUGAUGUACAAUUAGGAAGUCGUUGAAGUAUUGAUGAAAUUAGUACAAACAUUAACCAGUGUCUUCGGUGCUGAUUUGUUUAAUCUUGCAAGAUUCAAUUGCUUUAAUCAAGUAGUCAAAACCUUGAGGACCAUCAAAUUGAAUGAUCUCUUAGAUGUGUUACAGCAUCACAUGAACAAUACAGAUAAAUAGCUAUUUAAUUCAAUAGUGAAUGAAUACUUUCCAAACAGGGAAGAGAAUCGAUAUGAAAUGGAAAAAUUGAAUUCAUUGCUCAAUGAAAACAAUCUCAUUUUAAUGUAUGGUCAACCAAACAAUGGUAAGAGCAAAUUGAUUUAGGAACUGUUUCAAUUUAAAUUUGAAUAGGAGAACACCAAUUAAAAUGAUAAUACUCUUUUACAAUCCACAAAAUAAAAUAGUGUUCUCUCUGUUGAAUUGGAUGCUUAUGAUGAUGAAGAUUUGUUCAAUAUAUUGUAAAAUUCUCAAUCCUUCAGAUUUUAUCAUUUUAUAAUCAAUUUUAGAUAAAAGCAAAUCUUUUUCAAUUUGGAGAACUUUGCACUAUUUAAUAGUCUAGUGUACUCUAAUAGGAAUGCUAUCUUUGAAAGCAAUGAUCUAUCAAAACAAGACCCUGCUUCUUUGACCAAUUUUACACUCUUCUACUACAAUAAUAACAUUUCCAAUCAACAAUUUCUUAUUUAGGAAUUGAAGUACAUCAAUAAUAUAGAGUUGCAAACUUUAUUGGCUCGUAAUUUGAUUCAUCAAAUUGAAUAGUAUUACCAACUAUUGUUAAACUUUCCAUAUUCAUUAUAAUACGUGUUGCGAUGUUCUGCCAAGGUCCUAAGCAUUUACUACAACGAACAACAGUACAGCAAGUUCACACAAUUGGAUGUUGAAAACAUAAGCACCUAUGCGACUUACACAUUAUUCUGUUUAAUUUUGGAUCAGGAGAACAAAUCUCGUGUUGUCGAUUAGAUUUUAAUGGUGAUCCAGGAAAGAAAAUUGGAUCAAUUGUUCAAUCAAAAAUCUUCAUAUAAUAACACAACUUUGCAAUAUUACUUUAAUUAGUAGGAACUGUAUGCUAUUCAAGAGUUGCAAAGUCACAUUCUAUUUUAUGGUGACAUUACUUGUAAUAAGAGUAUCUUGGCCAAGUUGAAGUCAUCAAGUUGUUUGUACUUUAGUAGUCGAACCAAAUCAAUUGAAUUGCAAGAAUUUAUAGAUAAGAAGCUGAUGACAUACAGGAAAGAUAAGUAACUGUACUUGUCACCACCAUUUGGAUAAAUUAAGCACUUCAUUGUGGAGGAUAUAAAUGUAUCUAGUUAAUGUCGUAUUUUCAUUAAGCAAUUGAACGAAUGCAAUUACAUGUUUGAUAGGAAGAACAAUUGUUAGCUCAAACACAUUAGCAACUUCUAUUUGUUGGGCACAUCACAAGAACAGAUAAUCGAAAAACACAACUAAUUCAAGCAUUUCGUAUUCAUCAACACAAGCAGAUCUCCAUUGAUUUAGAACAUCUACUCUGAGAUAAUAAUAGAAAUGGGAGUCAAAGAGAAAGUUAAACAAUACUUGGAGUUGGGUUAUAUCAAUGAUGGAAUAUUGAAAUUAUAACAUAAAUUCAAAUAAUAUUGGGAAAAACAAUGGUGCUAUCGUUAUCUAUUUGAUAACAAUGCUAUUUGGUACAGAGUUACACAUCCCCUGAUCGUAUACAAUGAUCCACAACAGUUUGUCAAUCAAUUCUAUCAAAAUAUUAUGAGAGUAAUAGGUGGUUCCAUGGAUAUAAUAGAUUUGGACAAUUUGGAUAAGUGCAUAAAGGAACUCAAUUUCGGAGAUUAUCCAAUAGAGAUUUCUGUGCAAUAGACUAAAUAGAUGUAUGAUGAAAUCAAAAAGGAGAAUGUGUCUAAUUUGUUUUUGCAUGAAAGUCACUUGGAGAAGAUAAUAUGCAUAAUGAGAGGAUGGCAAAAUGAUCAACAUGUCAUAAUUCAAGGUAGGAUUGGGAGUGGUCGGAAUUCGUUUAUUCGAUUGGCUCAGUUGAUAAUGUAAUAUGAACAGAAGUACCAGGAUCUUGGACUCAAUGAUCUUUUGUAGAAUUGGGAUUAGCAGAGUCAUAUCACAUAUGUUACCAACAUCAACGAUAAUAUCUAUCAAUUCAUCUCAUACCCCACUUAGUAUUGUAGCAAUUUAUGUUUGUCCAAAAUUGAUUCCAUUUCAUAGUUGCACAUGUGCAUAUUGAUAGAGAAUAUGAAUCAACUGGACGAUUAUAAGAGAAUUCUCUAUAAAUGCUAAAUUGUCAGACUGUUUGGAUGGACAAAGGUAUUCUAAUAGGACGUUGCUACUUAGAUUCUUAAUGACAGGUCCAUUGAUACUCAUCUAUUUUGUAAAGUCUUUGAACAAUCACAAGGAUACAUUCAAUAAUUCCUAGAUCAACUCUAUUUAUUUCAAAAAUAGUACUAGCAAUCAAAAUCUGAGAAUUAGAGAUUAAUUAUCAUCUACUAGAAGGUUCUCAAUAAAAUAGAAGAGGCAAACACUGAAUUCAGUACUAUCACAUCAUAGUAUAACAAGUACACUUAAGAAUCUCAGGAGGUCAUCAAUUAAAUGAAUAUUAUAAAUAAUGAGAUAUCCAAGGAUAAAUUAGAAUUGGGAGAUAUUAGUCAACAAAUCAAUAAAUUGAAUGAGAAUAUCAACAAAGGGGAGUAGAAAAUCAAUAAACAACAAUUGUAAUUACAUCAACAAUUCCAAUAAUAUAAUAAGUAAAGAUUGCAACUAUUUCACAUAAUCUAAGAGUUUCCCUUCUUGUAACCAUUGUCAAUGGAAUUAGUGCAUUUAGUUGAUUUACCAUAAUUGGAACAAUAUCAGAUUGAUCAGAUUACUUUGAAAUAUCCACAAUCCUCCUAAUAAGUUUAAACCAUCUAUUAGAUUGCCAUCAACAUUUGUAAUUAUCAACAGACCUUAAUACAACUCUAGAACAACCUACAUAAUGAUAAAGUGGCAGUUGAGGAGAUGAAGAAUAAACAAGAAUUGAGAACUGGUAUGAUACAACAAUAGGAGCAAUAAAUCAAUAUCUAUCAAUCUAAAUCACGUAUUUUGACUGAUUAAUUAGAUAAGAUAACCAAGAUAUUUGAGGCAACAAGAAAGUGUCUUAAGCAUUUGAAUAAUUAUUAAGUUCAAUGGCAAUAGAACAUAUUUAAUUUAUAAUAACAAUAAAUCCAAUUGGUUGAUAUCAAUUUUGUACAAAGUCUUUGUCAAAGUUAUAAUCAAUAAAUAAAGUAGAAAUUAAUUGAUAAUUUGAAUUUACAAUGUAAAUUAGAUUACGAGAAUAUGUAAUUACUAUUGAAUUUAAAAUUUUAAAACCAAAAGAACAUUUUAUUAAUCAUCGAUCCUGAAAACUUGUCUCAAGAAUAUCUAUAAUAAUUCUACCCAACUGCAUAUGUGAGUUCGUUCAAUAUCAACAAUAUUAAUGAAAUCAAAAGCAAUUAUUAAACCCAACAAUGCUUCAUAAUAAAUGAUGUGAUAAUAGAUGAACUAAUCGGAUCAUAACGAUGGAGAUCAUUUAUAUUGCAAUUUCAGUAAUAACAAGAGAGUAAGAUAUAUUUUAUUUCCUAUUAAAUACGACAUGAGAGUAGAGCCUAAUCGUUAUUGAGAACUAUUUAUUUUAAGAAAUAAGAUAAAGAAAUUGAGUCAUAUGCAUUGUUAAACAUACUGCAAAAGGAAAAUCCUGAAAUAUUUGAUAAAUUGGUACAAUAAUAUGAUGAAGAGAAUCUAUCACUCAUAAAUUUAGGAUCUCUUUUGGAUGACGAUCAUCCAAUUAUGGAUCCCCUUUAUGAACAACAAUUAAGUCUACUGAUAUCCUCUUAGUUUAACAGCAUAAUUAACCUAGAUGUUAUCACUCAAAUUCAGGAAUUGAUUGAUCAAUAAGAAUAAUAGAAAUAAUACAAUACACAAUUCAAUUUUGAAAUUUAUCACCCUUUGAUGGUUAGAUUCCUAUUGAUUUAUAAAAGUCUGCAACAAUCAAAUGUUUUUGAUCGUCGUUAUUAUAUCACAAUGCAAUAAUUAUUAGACAAACUGAUUCAAGUGAUGGAUUAGAUUAAGGGAGACAGUUCAGAAAGAUAUUGGAUUAUCAGUAAUCAUUUCACAUUGUAGACAAUGCAUAUGAUAGAAAAUCAAAUUAGAUUAGAACACCAUUUGUUGGUGAAGUUCAUUUUAUUUACUCAAAUAGAUCUGAGGAAUAGAACCAUCUCUUAAGAUCAGUUCUAAUAUGUUAUUGGUCAACAACUACAGAAAGAUUUGAGCAAAUAUCCAAAAUCCUUAAGUGUUUCAUUCAUCAAAUAAGAAUAGUGGGAUGAAAUCAGAUACAUUAUGAGUUUAUCACCAUCAUUUGAUGAUUUACAUACUCAGAUCUCAAGAUAUCCCAAGGAUUGGUAGAAAUGGUUGGAUGACACCUUGUCCAUUCCGAGUGAAUAUGAUGAAAAAUUGUAAAUCUUUGAGAAGCUCAUUCUAAUAAAGGCUUUCAAACCAAAAUAGUUGAGAAGAUUCAUUUACGAAUACAUCAAGGACAGAUCAACAAGACAUUCCACUUAAUUCAAAACCAACAAGAAUUAUUAGACAACUGAAAAACAAAUCAUAUAUGUCUAAUCUUAAUUAAGAAAAUUUGUAGAAGAAAUCAACCUUCCCAUUUACAAAGGGCAGCAAGAACUCAACCAACAAUAUUUAUUCAUUAAUUUAUCACAUUAUCCAUUAGAAUUGCAGGAACAAAUAAUUCAAAGCAAAUAUCCUCAUUGCAUUCUAGAGAACUUUGAAGAAGAUCUUUUAUUAGAUAAGACAUUAUUGAAUUGUUAGAAAUCUUUUCUACAAUACGAUGAGCAAAUACGUUAGAACAUCAAAAAAUACAUACCUAAAGUGGAUGGCAACACAAGUGAAAUGAAAAAGUUCACUUACAGUUUAUGUUAUAUGCACUUUUUCAUCAUCUAGAGGAAUCUACUAUUAAAUUAGACUUCUGAGACCUAUACGGUGUCAGAUUUAAAUCUAAUCCUUAAAUUUAAUUUGCCCUACUUCAUAAAUACCAAUAUCAAUAGUAUGUUUAAACUAAUAACUGAUGGAAUAUACAAUGUCCCUCCAGAAGAUCAAUUAACUAUAGAUAGUAUUAUUUAUAAACACUGCAAUUAGUAAGUAAAUACUGAAAAUUAUUAAUAUUUGCAUUUUCAAACACUCCCAAUAGGCAGUGAUGUAUGGUUAGAUGAAAUGAUUAAUCGAAUUCCAGAUACAAAUGAUACCUAUAGUAUUGGCUACGGACAUUACAACUUUGCAAUUUAUAAUUAGUUAAAUUAAUAGAUAGUUCAAUAAUUCUAACUAUUAACGAAUAACAAUAACACUACAGUUUAAAGUCAGAAAAUCAAUUAGCUUAAAUUAGUUGAGCCACUUAAUUUAAUUAGAUUAGAAUAGAAACUAACAAGAAAGUACUCAUUUCAAAAAAAUGACUCCAAGCCCUUUUCCUAAUAUUAUCGAAAAACAGCGCUUAAUAUCAUAAACAAAAAUAAACAAAAUAUUUCAUACACUGAUGCUAUUGAUUAGUAUAUCAAUAUUCAGAUCUAAAAGUAUAAUGUAUUGAUAGAAGAGUUGAAGGAAUAUGUCAAAAACAAUCCAGAUAUAUAUGCUAUGCCAUGUCCACAAGAACUAUAUUAAUAUUUGUGGUACAAACCUAAAUCUAUAUUGCUCAUUCAUAAUUUAAUAGAAAUGGUGAAUUCAAAUGUGUAUCAAUUAAAACUAUUGAGAGAUUAAUAAAAUAGAAAGUACUUUGAUUUAAGUUACCUAUUUAUUCCACAGGCAUUAUUGGAAUAUUUUAAAUUACAAUUUAGUCGUAAGAAUGGUCUCAAUCCUUGGAAUCUGAAUAUUUAUACUGAUAUUUCGAAAUGCACUGAGAUGAACCAUGUAUAAUAGCAGUAGUUAAAUGAUGGAUCCUAUCUACUUGGAGGAUUAGAAUGUCAGAAUUGCUAAUGGAGUAUGGAUAAACACAAAUUGAUAGAAUGUGGUAAUUUGCCUUCCACUUUGAUUCCAUACAUCCUCGUUUCUACUUUGGAAGGUGAACAGCCACAAGACUUACAGUUUCAAAUCAUGGAUAAUAAUAUAACAUUAAUGACGAUAGAUUUGUAAUCUGAUCUUGAUUAGGAUACUAUUAAUAUAAGGAAAGCAAGAAUAGUAAUAAAGGGGAGAUGAUGCUCAAAAGAAAAUAAAAGCAGA